GAGGCUCUUUCCAAAACAGGAAGACCGCGACCGAUCGAUCGAUCGCUUCGUCAGCAGCGGGAGAUUCUGUCAUGGCGGCGGCGUGCGGGCGGGCUGUGAUUCUCGCGGGCUUUCUGCUUGUAACUUGCCUAGUAUGGAAAGGCGAUGGCUCUCAGCCGGCGACGACACCGGAGGCUCUCCUGCGAGCGGCUAUGGCGCAACCCAAGAAGACGGUUCUGACGCUGACAUCUGACGUCUCUCUGACAUCAGACCUGGGCGAAAUGAAGUGUCCAGAUCUUACGGUCGUUGGCAACUGCAAGACGAAAGGGAAGCCUCGAUUGUGUAAGAUCGACGGCCGAAAAAGGUACGCCGGCUUCCACUUCCCCGAUCGAAAGAACCUAACCCUACUCAAUCUGGAGAUCACCGGUCUCGCUGGCAUCGUCUCGUCUCCACCCUCUUCAGAUGUGCUAAUCAAGAAUUGCCUGCUGUCGAACAACAAAGACCUCCUUCUCUCUUUGCCCUUUGGGAGUCUCACGAUCAGCCGUUCGAAGGUUGUCGGUAAUGAUGGCGACUUCGUCGACAUCUUCUUUGGCAGUGUUGAUGCCACCGACGUCGUCUUCCGAUCUAAUCGAGGGCUCAUCUUCACCAUAACCAAGGGCAGCUUGAAGUGCACGCGAUGCGGAUUCGAGAGGAAUACGGCGAAAUCAACGGUCGUUGUGAAUGCUGGGCGGGAGUACGUCACCUUCUCUCGAUCGUGGUUUGUCGGCAAUUCCGCGACUCAAGUGGGCGAAAGAGGAGCUGCCGUCUCCGUCGGGACGGGUGGGAUGACUAGGUUCUGCUACUGCCGCUUCGAAGGGAACACCAUCGCCGUUGCUGGCGGCAAGAAGAAGGUGGAACACGUGUACUUGAGCGAGCUCAUCCCCUCUACGCCUCCAAACCUUAGCUUCUGCAAGAAACGACCCUCCUCGGGGAUAGGUCCUCAGCGACACAUGACGAGAUGCAGAAGAUGGGAGUGGACCACCGACCACUUGAGAGAGGGAUACUCGAGGACUGCGGAGGAUUGUCGAAAGAAGUGGUCGGAGCUUGUGAAGAAGGUGAGGGAGAUCCGUGAUGCGUGCGACCGAUCCCGACAGCCAUCCCAAUUCGAGAGAACGACAAAAGAGCGGAGGAAGUUGGGAUUCUCCCUUACGUUUGAAAAGCAGCUGUGGGAUGCCAUGGAGUGGUACAGGUUGAAGGCAUCCGAUUCGGUGAGAUACGACAACACAAUAUGCAUCGGAGGGGGAGGGUCCACGCCGGGUAGUGAGGAGGGGUCCGAAGACUCCGAAGGCAUGGGGACAGAUGCUUUUGAUGGUGUCACGAAGACACGGCGCACCAGUUCGGACUUUCGGGGAAAGCGCAUUGGGGGGAAUCUGCGGCUUCCAUAUACGGUGUGCCAUAGGCUAUGGAGGAAUCGACGAGGGCAGUUUGCGAGGGUUUGGAUCAGGCUGCCACUACGCUUGCUAGAGCAAGUGCUGAUGGCUGCCCGAAUGGGCAAGAUGGCGACAGGGAUAGGCGCUGUGGCGGGAGCAAUGCACCAAGGGAAUGCUGUCUUGGUCGGGGUCAUGGCGGGUACAGGUUCACGGCUCACCCACGGAGCGGACACCGGUGCUGAUACCGACCCGUUGUCAAGGUAGGGCAGUACGCCGAAUAGUGAUGCCGCUUGUCGUUGAUGUGGGGCAACAUUUAUGUGGUCCCUUUUCCUGUUGUCGUUCACCGACAGCCACAACAAUGCGUACAAAUACACAAAACAAAGGGGGGGGAAAAACGGCCACCAAAACAUAAAAACAAAAAUUCAAACCGGUG